AUGGCUGGGCACUCUCAUCGGUCGUCCGUGAAGAAUGGCCACAAACCUUUCAAAUCCAAGCACUCAUCGAAAGGUGCUUUGAAGAAGGUGUUCAAAGGAAAAGUAGAGAAAAGCGAAGCGCACGGUAAGAAGGUUGGUGUGGUGUCAAAACUUCAGCGGAAGAAUCUCGCACGUCAGGUCAGACAACAGAAAAUCUCUGAUAGUCUCGAAACAAGAAAGCUAUUCGAAGGGUCUGCGGGGGCCGAAAAAAUUGUGACCGUUAUAUCUCUGACUCCCGAUAUAGAUGCGCGCGACAUCGUGAAAAAGCUUAUACGCUCCGAAUCAGACCAGGCAGGCAAUGACCAGAACAUGGAGGUGUUGGAUCACUCGCCUUGCGUUGCAAAUUUCACGGUCAAGAAAUUCAAGAGCAAGCUCAAGAUCAUUAUUCCAGAUAUGUCAGAUUUCAUGAACAUUUUGGAUAGCGCAAAAGUGGCCGAUUUUGUUGUGUUUGGUCUCAGCGGAUUAUCGGAAGUUGACGCCGAGUUUGGAGAGCAGAUCAUCAGAGCAUGCGAGCUUCAAGGUAUAGCGUCCUACAUGGGCGUCGUGACGAACCUGUCUGCCGCGCAAGAGAAAGAAAAGUUUCAGCUCGAUCUCAAACAAUCGUUGGAGAGCUAUUUUAAACACUUUUUCCCCAGCGAAGAACGCAUCUUCAACCUUGAGAAGCCAUCUGAGGCACUGAAUGCAUUGAGAACGCUAUGUCAGAAGUACCCUCGCAGUAUCACUUGGAGGGACAACCGUGGAUAUCUUGUUGCCGAUAAACUUAACUUCACAGAAUCCGGCUCUGAGAUUGGGUCCUUGACUAUUGAGGGAACAGUUCGUGGUAGUGGGUUCAAUGCCAAUCGACUUGUACAUUUACCUGGACUUGGAGAUUUCCAGGUGUCUUGUAUUGAGAAGCUAGCGUCCUCUAACAGAAAGAGACAGUCGAAAAGUGAAAACGAUGAUUUGAACUUUGACUCUCUCUUUGACUCCAACGAAGGACGAGACACUCUUGAAGAAUUUGCAGCACUAGACCUUGAAAUGGAGGAAAAUGAAGAAGGAGGAGAGUUUGGUUACGAUGAUUUGACUUCUGCCCGUUACGACAAUCACGGCUUCUUGCCCGGUAGAGAAGAAGCCUCGAAGAAGGUCAAAGUGCCGACGGGGACGUCCGAUUAUCAAGCUAGAUGGUAUCUCAACGACACAGUAGAUAGCGGCGACGAAAGCGAUGAGCUUGAGGCUCAAGACAUGGAUAUGGGCGAUGAAGAAUUCGUACAGAUUCCCCAGGCGGAUGACGAUCUUGAUAUUGAUGGAGAUGCUGAGUCUCAAACCGAGGAUGGAAUGUUUGUUGAUCUGGACCCUGCCGAGGAGGAGAGGCAGCUCAGAGAAUUUAGGGCCCUGGAGAAGGAAGAUCGUGAGUUUCCAGACGAAAUUGAACUAGACCCAUCGGCGUCCGCAAUUGAGACCCUCAAGAGAUACCGCGGAUUGAAGAAUCUUCACAACUGCCUUUGGGAUGUUGAUGAAUAUGAUCCGGAGCAGCCGCCAGAGUUCAAGCGCGUCUUGCGCAUCGGCAGCUACAAGAACACCAAGAACAGGAUAUUAAAGGAGUCAAUUUCGCAAACUCAGGUUUUGGCCGGAGAUCGGAUCAAAAUGGUAGUUGAGUUCCAAACCAAAUUGGUUCAGAAAUUGUCAAACCCUUCCGUCUUAGCCUUUACGGUUUACGGACUGCUUCAGCAUGAACAUAAGCAUGCUGUUACCAAUUUCUCGAUUCACAGGUGGGAGGAGUACGAAGAUCCGGUGCCAUCUGAGGAGCCGAUUAUGGUACAGUACGGUAUCAGGCGCUAUUGGAUCAAACCAAUUUUCUCUUCAACGUCGAACACGCCUAAUAAUGUGCACAAGUUUGACAGAUUUUUGCAUCCAGACAUGGAUUCCGUUGCGACUUGCAUUGCUCCGAUAGAUUUUACACAGUCGCCCGCUUUGUUUUUCAAGCCAGCACCAGAAGACCCGAAACAGAUAGUCUUUGUUGCUCAUGGAUCUUUCUUGAAUGCCGAUCACACCAGAAUUAUCUCUGAGAGGGCCGUCCUCACUGGACAUCCCUUUAGGUUUCACAAGAAGGUUCUUACAGUUCGUUACAUGUUCUUCCGCCCAGAAGACGUCGAAUGGUUCAAGUCCAUUCCACUUUUCACCAAGAGUGGCAGAACCGGUUUCAUCAAGGAAAAACUUGGUACUCAUGGUUAUUUCAAAGCUACUUUCGACGGUAAAAUUUCGGCACAAGAUGUCGUGGCCAUGUCGCUUUACAAAAGAGUUUGGCCAUCAAGUGCUGUUCCGGUGACAGACGAAAUUGCUUGA